AGAGAGAGAGAGAGAGAGAGAGAGUUGGACCCCUGCGCUCCAUCGAUCUGCAGAGGCGCACAGAGGAGCUUAUAUCGGACAAGCCUUCGGUUUUUUUUCAGGGGGGAAUGCCAAACGUGGAUCCGCUGUUUGCAACAUGCUACUGGGCUAUUUGGUAGUGGUUGUGAUCUGCCUGUGGGGUUCUGAUGUCAGCAGAGCGUAUGUGUUUCAGGCCAGUGGGCCUACAGAUGGAGGAGACAACCCACCACCUCACACUAAAGUCGUCUCAGAGUGGGUCAGCUCAGCGGGCUCCUGUAAGAGGAGGUGCUUUGAGCUGGAGGAGGCCAAACCUCCAGGAUGCAGAUGUGACAAUCUGUGUAAAACCUACUACAGCUGCUGCUCGGACUUCGACGAGCACUGCCUGAAAACAGGCGGAGGGUUCGAGUGCUCGCAGGAUCGCUGUGGGGAGGCGAGGAACGACGACCAUGCCUGCCACUGCUCAGAGGACUGUCUGGAGAAAGGAGACUGCUGCUCCAACUACAAGUCACUCUGCAAAGGUGAGACUUCAUGGGUGCAAGAAGACUGUGAGGAGAUCCAGAGUGCUGAAUGCCCUGCAGGCUUCAUCCGUCCUCCGCUCAUCAUGCUGUCUGUUGACGGGUUCAGAGCCUCCUACCUGAAGAAGGGCAAAUCUGUCAUCCCCAACAUACACAAGCUCAGAGAGUGUGGUACGUCGGCACCCUACAUGCGACCAGUCUACCCAUCAAAAACCUUCCCAAAUUUAUACACCCUGGCCACAGGUCUUUACCCAGAGUCUCAUGGGAUUGUGGGGAACACCAUGCAUGACCCAGUGUUUAAUGCCACCUUCAGCCUGCGCACCAGAGAGAAACUGAACCACCGCUGGUGGGGCGGACAGCCAAUCUGGAUCACAGCCGAGGAACAAGGAGUGAAAGCAGGCACUUUCUUCUGGCCUUGGGUGAUUCCUCUGGAGAGGAGGAUUUUGACGAUCCUGCGAUGGCUGCAUCUGCCUGAUAACGAGAGGCCGUAUGUUUACGCCGUCCACUCAGAGCAGCCCGAUACCUACGGACAUCGACUGGGACCGCUCAGCAGUGAGCUGGAUAACCCUCUGAGAGAGUUGGACAACAUCAUUGGUCAGCUGAUGAAUGGUCUAAAGCAGAUGAACCUGCAUCGCUGCGUCAACGUCAUCAUCGUAGGAGACCAUGGUAUGGAGGAGGCCCACUGUGACAGGACAGAGUUUCUCAGCAGCUACCCACUCAACAUAGACGAAAUCCAGCUGAUCCCCGGCUCUCUCGGGAGAAUACGACCCCGCGACCCCAAAUCCACCACAUAUGACCCAAAAGUAGUUGUUGCGAACCUCACUUGUAAAAUGCCGACUCAGCACUUCAAGCCGUACCUGAAGCAGCAUUUACCCAAGAGGCUUCACUACGCCAAUAACCGCAGGAUCGAGGACGUCCAUCUGCUGAUGGAGAGGAAGUGGCACAUCGCCAGGAAAAUGCCAGAAAAACUGAGGACUCGUUGUGGUUUCUUUGGUGACCACGGCUUCGACAACAAGAUAACCAGCAUGAGGACGAUCUUUAUGGGACACGGGCCAAGCUUCAAGUUUCAGAAAAGAGUGCCAGAGUUUGAGAAUAUAGAGUUAUACAACAUCAUGUGUGACUUGUUGGGGUUGAAGCCGGCCCCAAACAAUGGGACCCACGGCAGCCUGAACGACAUGCUGAAAGAGCCGCCGCACGAACCCAGCAUGCCCAAGGAAGUGACGCCACCGUCACUGGCGUCUGACUCCGAGGUCACUGUGACACAUGACCUGGGCUGCAGCUGUGACGAUGAGAACAAAGUUGAGGAGAUCAUUGAAGCUUUCAGUCCUGCACCAGACGGACUCUACAGUUACAACAGCACCCACCUACCGUUCGGUCGUCCAGCCGUGAUGUUUGACACUGAGUACAGUUUGCUUCAUCAUGUGGAGUUCAUCAGUGGAUAUAGCAAAGAGCUGGCCAUGCCGCUGUGGACAGCAUACACACUGCCACGACAGGAGGACAUCACUCCUCUACCGGAGGUUUCCCUCGGUGUUCAGUGUAUCCGGGUCGACCCCAGAGUUUCAGCUGAUCACAGUCAGAGCUGCACCACCUACAGCCAGAACAACCACCUCACCUACGGCUUCCUCUUCCCCCCAGAGCUGGCAUUGUCUCCAGAGUCCAGAUACGACGCUUCUCUCAUCACCAACACGGUUCCCAUGUACCCCGCCUUCAAGAGACUGUGGAGUUACCUGCAGGGGACGCUGCUGAGGCGUUACGCAGAGGAAAACAACGGUAUCAACGUGCUUGCCGGACCCAUCUUCGACAACAACUAUGACGGCCUCCGCGACACAACAGAGAAGAUAAAAGAGUUUUCACCUGACGUUCCGCCUGUCCCAACCCACUUCUACACUGUUGUGACGAGCUGUCAGGAGCUGAACCAGACCCUGGAGGAGUGUGCUGGAGCGCUCAAGGUCUUCUCCUUCCUUCUCCCUAACAGACCAGACAACUCUGAGGCCUGCAAUAGCGGCGAGGAUGAGUCACAGUGGGUUGAAGACCUGCUAAAGCUCCAUACAGCCCGAGUUCGAGAUGUGGAGAUCCUGACGGGCCUGGACCUCUACAGAUCCACCAAUCUCACAUACACGAGCACCCUGAGCCUCAAAACCCGCCUGCACACCUUUGAGAGUGACGACUAGACACACAGAGAGACAGACACACACAUACAGGAUGUAGCCGUUUGUAGAAGUCCUGCAUUUUCACCACAUGCUCGCUGGACAGCCAGCGUGUCGUUGUUCCACUCCUGAGGAACUGCCAGGAAGCGCUUGGGAAGCGAGUGCAUUUUUGAAAUUUGAAAAGAUUAAAAGAACGGUUAGGCAAGUAGUAGUCUGACUAUUAAAACGGGAAUAUCCAAUACUGUCCAUGAAAUCUGAGAAAGAAUAAGCUAGCACAGCAAUGAUGCAGGAUGAGGGACUUUUCUAACAGCUGCCACCACAAUUUUAUAGUAUAUACAGUACAUCCUCAUGCACACAUAAAGGACCAUACCAGUGUUUCAGCUCCAUAACUAUAAAUGAUGUAUACAUCAUAUCCCUACUGACCCUUCCUUGUGGAAUAAAAAAAAUAUGUCCUUUCUUACUUAUAAAGAUCAAUUAGUCAACUGUUGAAACUUGCUUUAGCUUCAUAGAUCACAAGGAAUCAUUAUUGCGAGGUCUACAGUGAGGACUUUUCAAACCAACCCUCAAAUUAGAUUUUUGUGAUGUAUGGAGAUAAGUUGAAGCCAUUUGCUGCCUGAAAAGAAGGUUUAUUCAUUUGUAGUUAAAAGGUUAAAACUCACAAAAUUGCUGGUGUGUUUCUGUAAAGGAACAAUUUGAAAUUUUGGGAAAUACACUUACUCUCUUUCAUACUGAGAGUUAGAUGAGUUCGACACUGCUCUCAGUGAGUCAGCAGCCACUUAGCAUAAAGGCUGGAAACAGAAAAACAGCUAGCCUGGCUUUGUCCAAAGGCAACAAAAUCUGCCUGCCAGCACCUCUAAAGCUCAUAUCAUGCUUGUUUGACUUUAGAUGUGCUGGUAUAGGUAGAUGUUGUUACCUUCUGACAGAAACAGGCUAGCAGUUUCCCUCGGUUUCCAGUGUUUGUGCUAAGCUCCACAUCUGUCACAAUGUGAACACCAUGGUCAGAAAAUAUCCAGAGAAAUUUCCUGAAAUACAAGACCUUGAUCACAGAAUUCAAAAACUGAGCUGUUUUGUGUGGAUCUCCUGGGAGAUCUUAGAUGUUUACCACAGAAAUAUACAGUCUGAUGAGUGGCCUCUGGGUGUCACCGCAGGUAUGAUUGGUCAGCAUUUACAGUUUAUUCUGAAUUGAUCUCUUGUUGUGAAAAUAAUGUGGUGUGACUGUGUGGCAUAAAUACGAUACAAUCGGACACAGAAAUGUAUUGACCAAUACAGACCAGUGCGUCAAUGACACAUAAAUUAAGCAAGAUGGUGAAACUUAAACAUGUCAAGAGUGGAUUUCUAGAACAGCUCCUUGUUUUUUUUGUUUUUUUUUGGCUUGCUGUCAUUAUCCAGCAGUGGGUAGCAGACAGAUGUCAAUUGUCCAAAUGGAAAAUUUUUCCUCAUGAAGAACAGAAAAAACCUAAAAAUACAAGUCAAAUAAAUAGCAGUUAAUUUCUAACCCUGGUGCGCACACACGUACACAAACACACACACAGCAACAGGUUUCCACAUCUCUGUUGCUCUCAUUUCUUUCCCUCCCUCUGUCUCAGCUGAUCAUCUAGGUGUAUAUUUUUAUACAAUUUUUCAUAUUUAUUAUGUAGCAUCAUAAUAAUAACAGCACCUAGUGUCAAAGCAUUAAUCCAGUGUAACAGAUCUGUCCCUGUUUGCUGUAAUAAGAUAGAAACAGACAACUGAUAUUGUGCUUUUUUUUCCCCAAUGAGGUGACAAGACCGAUGCUGCUGUAAAGAAAAAUGAUUUAGGUUGAAAUCUGGUCUUAUUUUUAUACUUUUGGCAUGAAAACGUUUUACUCAGCAACGUUGUUGUGGAGAGGUUUAUCAGUGUGAGGCAGGCUUAGAAACAUGUCCGGUUUUAAACCCACAACCGCUCACAGUAUUUUGAAGUGAAAUUGAUGCUUAAUAUUUCUAAAAUGUUUGACAUAAUCAUCUGUGUCUCUGCAAAUCUGUGUGCUAUACGUGCCUAACUGUGAGAAGUAGUCAAUAAACAGUUAUGGAAAACUA